CGGCGCGCAGCAGCCCAAACCGGCCAGCUUGGGCCGCGGGAGGGGGGCAGCCGCCGCCAUCCUCAGCUUGGGCAACGUGCUCAACUACCUGGACAGGUACACCGUGGCAGGCGUCCUUCUGGACAUCCAGCAGCACUUCGGGGUCAAGGACCGAGGUGCCGGCUUGCUGCAGUCAGUGUUCAUCUGCAGCUUCAUGGUGGCUGCCCCCAUCUUCGGCUACCUGGGUGACCGCUUCAACCGAAAGGUGAUCCUCAGCUGUGGCAUCUUCUUCUGGUCGGCGGUCACCUUCUCCAGCUCCUUCAUCCCCCAGCAGUACUUCUGGCUGCUGGUCCUGUCGCGGGGGCUGGUGGGCAUUGGCGAGGCCAGCUACUCCACCAUUGCGCCCACCAUCAUCGGCGACCUCUUCACCAAGAACACACGCACACUCAUGCUGUCUGUCUUCUACUUUGCCAUCCCACUGGGCAGUGGCCUGGGCUACAUCACUGGCUCCAGCGUGAAGCAGGCAUCUGGAGACUGGCACUGGGCCUUGCGGGUGUCCCCUGUCCUGGGCAUGAUCACAGGAACACUCAUCCUCAUUCUGGUCCCUGUCACUAAGAGAGGCCAUGCCGACCAGCUUGGGGGGCAGCUGAAGGCACGGACCUCGUGGCUCCGUGACAUGAAGGCCCUGAUCCGAAACCGCAGCUAUGUCUUCUCCUCCUUGGCCACGUCAGCCGUAUCCUUCGCCACAGGGGCCCUGGGCAUGUGGAUCCCGCUCUACCUGCACCGCGCCCAAGUUGUGCAGAAGACUGCAGAGACGUGCAGCAGCCCACCCUGUGGGGCCAAGGACAGCCUCAUCUUUGGGGCCAUCACCUGCUUUACGGGCUUUCUGGGUGUGGUCACGGGUGCAGGAGCCACACGCUGGUGUCGCCUGCGGACCCAACGGGCAGACCCGCUGGUGUGUGCUGUGGGCAUGCUGGGCUCUGCCAUCUUCAUCUGCCUGAUCUUUGUGGCCGCCAAGAGCAGCAUCGUGGGGGCCUACAUCUGUAUCUUUGUCGGGGAGACGCUGCUGUUUUCUAACUGGGCCAUCACCGCAGACAUCCUCAUGUAUGUGGUCAUCCCCACCCGACGGGCCACCGCGGUGGCCUUGCAGAGCUUCACCUCCCACCUGCUGGGGGACGCUGGAAGCCCCUACCUCAUCGGCUUUAUCUCGGACCUGAUCCGCCAGAGCACCAAGGACUCCCCGCUCUGGGAGUUCCUGAGCCUGGGCUACGCCCUCAUGCUCUGCCCCUUCGUUGUGGUCCUGGGGGGCAUGUUCUUCCUCGCCACCACGCUCUUCUUCCUCAGCGACCGUGCCAAGGCUGAGCAGCAGGUGAACCAGCUGGUGCUGCCACCCCCCUCCGUGAAGGUCUGAGGCGGUGCCACUGGGACAAUGAAGAAGCCAUGCUCCUACCCAGUCUGGGAGAUGUCCUCUGGCAUCCUGGACCCACUGGACUGUCCCAAAGCUUUGUGUAUGACCCACGGCUGGGCGCCCACCCUCUCUGGCCUGGGGCUGCUGAGUGGUUCUGGCUCCAAGAAGCAGCUGUGUCCUCAGCUAACUGGGAAGGCUGUAUGUGUUGGAGCCACGCAGCUGGACAGACUCCCAGCCCUGGGUUUGGGCUGCAGGGCCCUUGGGGUCAAGGGAGAAGACAGCUCCAAGUGGGAGUGUCAGGAGACCCUGGCCUGUCACCGGCUUAUGUGAUGUUGGGCAAGUCCCUGCCCUCUGUAGACUGUGGGGCCAGGGGGCUGGGCUUUCCCACACAGCUUGCUAGGCCAAGCACUAUAUGCAGCUUUGAAGAUCCCACAGAUCCUGGACUGUACAGAGAAGAGACGGUCCAGGCCUGGGGGCAGCAGCUCAGGUUCUGAGGCUCCCUGAAGGGCCUGGUUUGCAGGGACCACUGUCUCUCAGCUUGUGGACGUUGGACUCAACCUGGCAAAUGGAGCCAGGCACCCAAGUUGCUGGGAGCUUCCUUGCCUGGCCAGUCACUCUGGAGGACACCUGUCUCCAUUGCCUUGGGCUGGCUCCCAGCUGGUUUCCCAGGUGUGGGACAUCCCCAGACUGGGAGCUGACUGUACCAGGGGUGAAGGCCCUGGUGGCAGCUGCACACCUGUGCCCCAGGCUUGCCAUCUUUGGGAGUUACCCACCAGCCUACACCUACCUGAGGGCUCCUGUGUCUCCAUGAGCCAGGAACCCACUCUCUUCCCCAGGCUGGGCUGAGCCUUUCCCAAGAGCAGGGCCCAGGAACCGUCCCCAGAACCCAUGGGGUAGUAGCCAGGGCUCUGGCUGCUAGAGGAAGCAGCCAUCCUUGAGGCUUUCUGCCCCAUGGAGAGCUUGGUGGAGGUGGAGGCCCAACACCCCCGGCCACCUCCACCACACACUGGCUGCUGUUGUUCUCACGCACACCAACAUGCUCGACUCCCCCACAUGACCAUGGGAGCCAGGCCUUCACCCCAGCCUCCAAUUGCCCCACUCCCAUCUGCACACACCCCCUUUAUCCUCAUAGCCACACCAGGGUGCAUCUGCCAACUUCACGUCAGCCCCACACCCCCUUGGGGGAGCUUCCCCCAGUUUCACAUACUUCCUGCACAUUUGUAGCAAUCAAGGUUGUUCUGGUCUGGUUCUGUGGGGGUGGGGGCCCUUGUGGCCAGUAGGAGACCCCAAGAGCCAGCUUGGACAAUGCUGUUUUCGCCCUUAGUCACUAGCUGCGCUGUGGCUUCAGUGCUGUGUAAGCUAGUGGAAUACCCACCCCACCAAGCUCUGGGGCACCCUGGGGGCCUGGCAAGGGGGUGGGUGGGGCAGGGUGGUAUCCCCCCAAAGAGCAGCCCCCCUUCCCCUCCGCCGGGGCCCCAGCAAUGUUUUCUUGUUGUACAAGAACCAGGUCCAAGUGUUGCCUCCUCUUCCUUCCGGAAGCUAAACUGCUCCUUUAUUUUUUAGAGCUGCUGAUUGUGAAUCUCAGAGUCUCAAGAGAGAAGCCAAAUAUAUUCCUCUUGUAAAUGAAGAAAUAAACCUAUUUAAAUCAUG